ACAUCUCUGUUAGUAAUGCAGAUGCAUUUGGAGAGUAUACCAUUGCAAUGAGCAAUCCCAAAGGCCAGGAACAAGUAACAUACAGUUUUAUACCGGAAGGACCGCCGGCUCCAGCCCAUAUAACAGGGGUGACGAAUGUUACUCAUAACAGUGUUGUUCUUACAUUCAUUCCCGGGUUUGAUUAUGACAAGAACCAAUCUUUUACGGUGCAAACCAACGGCUCAGAUUCAUAUGUUUUAGCAGAGAACAUAACGGACAACACCAAUGGGAAAGGACGUUCAGAUGAAAAACAAGAGUACGUGCUCGGUGCCCUAGACGCAAAUACUAAAUACACCCUGGAAAUAAUCUCCUUGAAUGAGGAUGGAAGAUCUCAUGCUUCCAACAAAGUGACAUUUACCACAAUGAUAACUCCUCCAAGUUUUUCCAUUGUGUAUGGUGUUGUGGGGGCUCUAUCAGCACUAUUUGUUAUGUUUCUUUUGGUAGCUGGUUCGCGAUUCUGCAGAAAACAGGCAUCAGACAUAUCGGAGCACCCUCCUCCACCUUCCUACGGUUCUACGGUAACCAAUGACAAUGUUUGUGGUCCACCUUCAAGAUAUUUCACAUCCUUUCAACCAUGGUCCUCCUCAGACAAUGUGCCCGGUCGUUCGGCUGACAGCGUGCCUGGACAGAAAAUCUGAGAUUGAGCUUAUCUGAAUUUCAAAGUGAUUUUCUCUUUGACUGACUCAAACUUGCAUUUUAAUGACUUAUAAAUCUUCAUUAAACGUUUAAGAGUAACAUAAUUAGAACUGUUAUCUAUCUUAAAUAAUGUUGAUUUUGAACAAAGUAUACCAAUUAUCUAUCAAACCUAACUAGCAUUGAUCGGGAAACCAGUUUCAAAUGUAGCGCAAGUAGCUGCAGUAUUGUCACGUAAUAGCAUUUAAGGUAUUUAAGUUUUGCAAGGUACGCAUGCGCAGACUUCUUUUUGAUAUUCCAAUCACGUCAUUAACGUACGUUGACGACAUCAACCAGAAUAUAUUUUUAUGCACGAUAUAAGUCUCAGGCAAUACUUCCAUUUUGCAAGGAUAACGUUAUUAUCAAAAGUUGCAAUUUGACAAUCUAUGACAAGAUUCACAGAUAUCGUGUUGGCAACAACUUUACUAAAUUUAGUCGUUCUAUUCAUUCGUGUAAAUAA